CGGCAGCGGCGGCUCCGGCAGCGGCGGCCCCUCCAUCAAGGAAAUGGCUUGGUGCGCCGUCCCCUGGCACUGGAGCGCGUGCAACAAAGCGAGCAACCUCGCUGAGACCGCAGCCACGGAAGCGGGGCGGCUGUAUCCGGCCAACACCCUCCACAACGGCAAGGGCGACGCGUUCCGGCACUGCUACUGGAACGCGCUCAUGGUGAUCGAGAUCGGAGAGGGGAAGGCAAAGAGCAUCGCGAAUAAUCAUGAGAAAGGGGGGAAGGGGCGGGAGAAGGAGAUGGAUUUGAAGAAUAAUGCGAGAGGGCGCACAAUUGGGAAGAAUGCAAGUGGGAAGAAUAAGGGGCAGAAGAGGAACGAUGCGAAGAAUGAUUGUAAGGCGGCGGCGGAUAGUGGACAGUUGGUUGUCCUUUGAUUGGGGUCUACUGGACUGGGUUUUAGCUGUGGUUCGGAUUUUCAUGUUAUAUUGGG